GAGAAACUUUACAUAUAUAAUUUGUAUAUUUCAGAUGUAAAUUCUUAAGAGCAAUUUGAAAAAUGAUGAGUGAGCCUUUCACUGUUAGCAGCCGGGGACCUGUUCCCUCUCAGGAUUUCAGCAGCCGAGAACAUGUGCCCUCUCAGGAUUUCAUAAUGAUGAACAACAACAAUAACUAUCUCCCUGGCGUGUCUCGACUUGGUGACAGUGUUCAAUUACUUCGACCUCCUCUCUUGUCUAAUACACCAAACCUUGCAGCACCUAACCCAACACUUGGACCGAAUUGUGCAUUAGAUACAGGUAGAAUCUCAACAAACAUCAUAGACUAUAACUCUGCUGGUUCUCGGCUUAAUGUGGCCGAGAAUGAACCUUAUAUUGCAGGAACAGGGGUCACACCUCUGGGAUCACCGUUUAUAGACAUGUCUAAUUCAUCCACUGAAGCAGAAGUGGAAAUGAAACCAUCAGAUUUAUGCGAUCUUCAGGGACCUAUGUUAGCUCAAAAUUCAAACGUAUCUCAAAACUCAGACAGUACUAACGCUUAUUAUAUGGGGUCUCAUAAUCAAGCUUGCAUGAACAACUUCACAUUUACAACACCGACGCAGUCCUACCUUCAUUCCCCUGCUUUGACAGCAACUACACAAAAUCGUUUAUUAAGACCACAAACAUUUGCACCAGGUUGUAACGCCCAGUGGAAACAUGCAGUACCUAGGAGGACGCGUUGGUUACAUCAUGGCUCUGUGUCGUGUCCACAGGGUCUCUCGGUUUUUACAGUCUCUCAACAGGAAAAUGCCAGCGCUGGAACCAACACAUUUUAUUCACCACAAAUGAAUGAACCGGUGGCUUCAUGUAGUGAGUUAACUAGACGAGCGAAGAGGCGACAUACAAUUGACACAAUAGAGGAAGGUUGUCCGAGCAAUAAGAUACAUUUGACAGAGGACAAAAUAGCCAGUCACAUGAAGGAUUUACGUAUACACAACUUCUCGCCACCACCAGGGGGCAGCAUUCCUACAGGAAAUCAGUAUGUCGAUACAGGUCAAAGAGGGAAUGGUGUGAUGUCAGACAGCGGUCAGGGACGAAUAGAUAUGAUGUCGGACACUGGUCAGGGAGGGGUAGAUACCAUGUCAGAUACACAUUACCCAAGACAGUCACAGCAGAAUGGUUGUCACAGUGAAUUUCUUCGACACAGUCAAAGACAGUGGCAUGAUUUUAAACUGCUGGAAGAAAAGUUACAGAUGAUAGAUGAAGAUUCUACAUCCGAAAACGAGGACUCCACAAAUUCACAACCAGUGUUACAUAUUGUUGAUGGAAUAAAAGUUGGGUUAAAAACAGUCCUUCCUCAAGAUAUUUUAGAUAAGAUACGUAACCCAUGCCAGGAGGUUGUGUUGUGGAGUCCAGGAAUAAUUCCUCCCAAGAAAGAGGAUGACCCUGACAAGGAGACUGAUAAUAGUCCUGACUGUGAUGACAUGAUGGAAGAUUCAAUAUCUGCAAAUGUACCAAGCUGUGAGGAGAGAGAAAUAGACCUGGAUGACAGUGGCAUGGAAACAGACCCAGAUGAUGAAAUUCUGUAAAAUACAAGUGUCAGUGACACAGGUGUCAUUGGACAUUGACUCAAGAGGUUUUUACCUUUAUUGUGCAGACAGCUUUGUUUACUCCGUGAAGUGUGUAGAAGUGUGCUAGUAUAAGGCUGUUUUACAGGUUGUGGUAAUAAACAGUAUUUAAAACUCACUGAGUUACAAAAAAAAGAAUCUCCAGCUAAUAGGACAAGGUGCACAUUUUACUGAAGGAAGAGAAUGUAUCCUUUAUUUUGAGAAGAUCGGAAAACACACACACAUGAUGGAAUAACAUUAGAAAUGUAAGGAAAGAAACUGUAAUCUCUUCAUACAGCAGUCUGUGGUGUGUUCUGUCUGUGCCAGAAAUAAAAAUGUCUUCCAGACUCAGAUGUGUAUAAAAAACUUCUCAAUCCCCCAUAAAACAAUAAAAACUUAAAAACCAUUGUCAUGGAAAUAUUUAUGACUCUUUAUGGUUGAUAUUAAAACCACGGAAAUGGUUGUUGACAAAAUUAUGGCUAAAAUCACGAAACUUACCAUAUGGAUGAUUCAAUCAUUGACAUGAAUGGAAAUGUGGGGCCUCCGUGGCUGAGUGGUUAAGGUUGCUGACUUCAAAUAACUUGCCCUUCAUCGAUGUGGGUUCGAGCCUCACUCCGGGCAUUGAAUUCUUCAUGUGAAGAAGCCAUCCAGCUGGCGUACGGAUGGUUGAUGGUUCUACCCAGGUGCCCGCUCAUGAUGAAAUAAUGCUUGGAGGGACACCUAGGUCUUCUUCCAUCAUCAAAGCUUGAAAGUUGCCAUAUGACCUAUAAUUGUGUUGGUGCGACGUUAAACCCAACAAAAAUAACUUAAUGGAAAUGUGGAAGGAUCAUAUUAGAAAAUCAAAGAAUGAUUUACAGUUUAUGUUGUUGAAACCAUGGAUUGUAUGGAAUACAUAUAUGGAGGCUGGCAAUGUGUCAUGGAAAAAUGAAAGAAUGCUUAAAGGAGAUGAUCUUCUAUUGUAAGAUCAAAAUCAUGGAAAUGUACUUAAAAGUGAAAGUUUUUAAAACAGUGUCAAAUUUUCAUGUCCUGCCAGUGAAGUAAAACUAUGGUGUUAAGGCAUUUCAGGAUGAAUGUGAAAGAAAUGACAUGUCAAAAUGAUAUGCGAAAGUGUUUUAGAAUUUGUAAGAAUUUAGUGCAUAUUUUCCUUGUUAAAGUAAAUUCACGUGUUGUGGAAUUUAUGUAUACCAUAUUGAUAUAGACAAAAUACUUUUGUAGAAGAAAUGAACACUGAUUUCAGUAAUUUGUUACAGGAAUGUUAUUGACAGAUUACAUGGUCGUCAUGAGACAUGGCUAGUCAAAAUGCAGCAUUUAUAUGUCAUAUUGAAAUUGAACCAUAUGUUUGAUCAUGUGGAUUGUGUAUCAUUACUUGUCAUUUAAGAAUACAUAGUGUAUUUAAAUUGUUUCAUGUGUUUUAAGAAAAUUGUUAUAUAAUUGAUGCAGAAUUCUUUAUCAGAAUUCUAAAUAACUUUUAUAUGUGUAUAUUACCAUUAUCGGUUUGAACUGAAAAUAUGACUGUAUCGAAAGAAAUCAUUGUGUUUCCAAUGGAUAAAACCAAAUUUUCAAAUGGUUUAGCUUUUUUCUCCUCCCCGUAGUAUGGUCUUGUAACAGAUUAUGCAGGAUAUGUUUGUUGAUUUACCAGUGAUGAGGGUUGUUCAAAAAAUAUGUAGACUAAUGCAAAAAAUUAGAAACUAGUUAAUAAAGAUGUUUUAAAUUUGUACUGAUACAUGAUCAUUUUGAAAAUUACUGUGUACCAAAUCUGAAAUUUUUAUCUUGCAUAAUAUUUGUUUAAUGGUCACUUGUUUAACUGAGGUACAAGCACAGUAGCUCACAUCAGCGGGGCCUUCACGGUGUCAGCUUUAUUAACAAUAUUUUUCAUAAUUUAUUUAAUAAUUUUUAGUCUGUAGAAGUAUAAUGAAGGUUUAGUAUUGGGAUAUUUGUCUCUGUUAACAAAAGUAUUACAUACAACAGAAGCAUGUAGUUAUUUCUCCUUUUUUAUUUGCCUGAAGGGACAUAUGUUGUGACGCCGGUGUCUGUCUGUCCAUCCUUUAGCAAUUUCGUGUCUGCUCUGUAACUCUUGAAUCCCUUGAAGGAUUUUGAAGGAACUUGACACAAAUGUUCACCACAUCGAGAUGACAUGCUGAGUGCAUGUUUCAGGUGGCUCUCUUGAAGGUCAAGGUCACACUAAGGGGUCAAAGGUCAUACCUUUGGGUGUAUAUUGCUCUGUAUUGCGGUGCUCUUGUUUGUCAUUUAUUUUUCUGGACAUCAUAAAGUCAUCUAUUUAUUUGUAUAUACGGCCUAACAAGUUAUUACUAUUGUGGAUUAUUGGAUUCAUUUUAUGACAGGUCAACUAAAACUUGCUUUCUUCCUUAGUUAAGAAAUUUCUCUGUGUAUUUUACAGAUUUCUUGCAUUAUGUAAUGUUUUAAUUGCAUUUCUGUAUGUUCUUGUGACAUUGUUUUUAUUUUAGACCUUGUAAGACUGCCAUAGACAAAAAUUGUUUAUUUCGCAAGAAUGACAAGUUGAUGUUAGGUUUUUGAGGAGACGUACCAGUACUUAAAGGUGGUUGAUCAGAUUUUGGUCCAGUGAUUAAUUUGUUCAAAAAGUUAAAAAAAAAUUUUUUACACUUGUAUAAUUAUGGACUAUGAAUGUUUAAUACACUUUAGAUUUUCUCUGGAGGUAUUUUUAAAAUGUGAUGUUUGUAUCCUGGUUGCCCGACAAAGAUUAUAUUUUAGCACAAGUAUUAAUUUGUAUUAUAUUUGUUAAAAAUUAAAGAUAACAAAAUGCAUAUUAAACCAAACUCACCAGGAAUGCAAGUUUUUAAAGUUAUUGUUGUCUCCCUUUGACUAUCUUGGUUACUAGAUUGAAACUAGUUGAAUUUAGAAACUGCACAAAAGUUGCCUUUUUGGUUCAUGUUUUUGAAACAGCUCCUUUCUAUCAUAUACUAAGGUAAAACUAGAAAUUAUUUGAAAUGAAAAGAGAUGCUCCGCUUUUCCUGUGCUUCAAGAGCAAAGGGAGGGGGGGGGGUGGUUAUUAUAAAGUUCUAUAAAAAGACAUAAUAAUUAAUUAAAAAAAGACAAUAUAGAAUAUUCAUUUCUAAUUGGGAUCUGAUUCUAUGUAAUGGAUCUUUUUUUUGUUCCUUAGAUAAAUCAGAUAGAACAUUUGAAAAGUGAAAAAUGUCAGAAAAUAUAGCUUAAAUAUGAUUGACCACCUUUACAUGAUUGUUACAAAAUAAAUUUGCAACGUUGAGGCGAGUUUCAUUUGCAGAAAUGUAUAUGAUGUUUUUGCAGUUUUUGAUCAUUCUACUUUUAAGAUGUCAAAAUGUGCACUAGUCUGCUAGAAUGUUACUAUGAUUAUUAAGUAACCUGUAUUUUUCUACUGUGUGAUGUCAUAUUAUUUGAUAAGUACUGUUGCUAGCGGACAUGUUACUGGUUGUAACAGUAACAGUACCAGUAAUACAAAGUUAUAGAGCCAGUCUACGUUUCUAUUGAACACCCCUUCCUCACAUAUAUAAAUGAAAACCUGGCAUUACACAAAGUGCUUCCAAUGUAAAAUGUCAAAAUCUCAGCACCAACGCUGUUUCUCGAUAGUGUUUAUGAUUUUAUUUAUGCCUUCAUUUAUUCUUGUAACACAUAUUCAUUCUGUCAAUAUACAUUCAGUCAUUCAUUCAUCCAACAGUCUUCUUAAAAAAGUCAUUGAUUCAUUUCUUCAUUCAUUCAUUCAUUCAGUUUUAACUCAUUUUCAUUCAGUCAUUCAUUUAUUCAGUUUUAACUCAGUUCCAUUCUUUGAUUCAUUCAGUUUUAACUUGUUUCUAUUCAUUCAAUCAAUCAUUGAUUCAUUCAUUGCAGAUAGUCACAAAUUUCUUUUGAUAUAAAGAAGUAUAGGUUGUUUAAAAACUGUUUUACAUUUCUCCAUUAGUUUUUAAAGAUUGUUAUGAAAAUGUGAAGUUACUUUAUUUACAAAAAAUAGCUCAGGAUUGCAUAUAUUUUAUAUGAAUUCAAAGUGGGUAUGAAAAUGUUAAAAGUUUAUGUCAGUUCAUUAGCACAUGUAUCUCCAUGUUGAAGAAAUCAGAUUAACUUACUUGCUUUUUUACCCUUAUCCUGCUGAAUUUCUAUAAUGAACUUGUCCAUCUUUCAGUUUGGACAACACCAUUAACUGUUAAAAGGGGUGUUUACCUAAAAGGUACUGAUUGAAUGGCAUACAGUGCUGAUCUUGAUUAGACUGCACAGAUGUGCAGGCUGAUCAUGAUCUACACUGGUCACAAAGGCAGAAUCAGUCGUGUCCAGCAUGAUAAGGGUUAAGUUUAAUACCAUAAUGAUUGAUUCUAUUCUUACUUCAGACCAAUUUAAAAAUCGGAAUUGUUUUUUGGACUGCUUAUGAAAACUUGUUAAAUAAUUUAUUUCUUACAGAUAGAAUCCAUUGAAUAUUUUUUAUUUUUAUUUUAGAUCUGUUAAUUAUCAAGUUUGAAUGAAAUAGCUGCAAAAUAUAGAUUUGAAACAGUAGUUCUUAACUAUCAAGUUUGAAUAAAGUAGCUGCAAAAUACAGAUUUGAAACAGUAGUUCUUAACUAUCAAGUUUGAAUAAAGUAGCUGCAAAAUACAGAUUUGAAACAGUAGUUCUUAGUACUGUCAUUUCUAAUUGAUUUCACUUGAUGUUGAAAUGGAAUGUUCCAUUCUCUCACACAGGCUUCUUUAUGCUGUUUGAAUUUAGGUAGCCACAAAACCACAUCUAGAAUAUGGCAGCAAUUUUGAAUAAUUGAAAUCUUCUGUCAAGGUUGUAGUAUGAAAAAAAAUCAAGGUACAGUGCACUGUAAGAAUAAGUUUUAUGCAGUACAAUUAGUUACAUUGAUUUAUUUUCCCCUAAUGAUUUGUUUACGUUUUGAAGCCCAUAAUGCACUGUAUGUAUAUAAAUUAAGACAGAAUAUUUUUGUGAGAUGCUGAAUUCUGUUACACUUGUGAGUUCACAUAAUUUUUAAAAUGUUCCUUACUUGCUUUACUUUAUUUUGCACUUCUUCGAAUUCUUUAAAGUUUAGGAUUGUUUGAUGUCUGCCAUCCAUUCAUGGUGUGUGCAUCAUGAUAUUUCUUUAAUGUUAAUUAAUGAUCAAAUAACAAAAUUUCGAACAAAUCUGUUAAUUUGCCAAAGUUUGAGUAACCACCUUUCAAAUUCUUUUCGUCAAAAACUGCUAGUCUAAUUUUGAAAUGAUAUUCCUUAUUAGCUCGCCUGAGCACAAAGUGCUCAUAGUGAGGUAUUGUGAUCACGCUGCGUCAUUCGUGCAUACGUGCGUCCAUCCAUCAAGUCGUCCGUCAUCAGCAUUUGUGUUUAAAUGACAUCUCCUCCAAAACCAAUGAAUGGAUUUUGAUGAAACAUGGCCAUGAUGUUCCUUGCAUAGUCCUCUACCAAAAUUGUUCAAACGGUUCUGCUUGGUUGCACAUAGAGGCUGCCAGAGCUAAAAAUAGAAAAAAAAUUCAAACAACAUCUCCUAAACCGGUGGUUCGAUUUUGAAAUAAUUUGACACAAAUGGUCCUUAUGUCACCCUCUACCAAGAUUUUUCAGAUUGUACCGAUUCGUCAAAAAACAUGGCCGCUGGAGGGCAUGGUCACUUUUCCCUAUAUGUAUAUAAUGGAAACUUUAAAAAUCUUCUUGUAUGAAACUGCUUGCCUGAUUUUAGAUUAAUUUUACAUAAAUGGUCCUUGUGUGGCCCUCUACCAAGAAUGUUCAAAUUAUUUUGAUUCGUCAAAAAACAUGGCCACCAGAGGGUGUGGUCAUAGUGAGAACUUUAAAAAUCUUCUUGUGUGAAAGUGCUUGCCCGAUUUUAGAAUAAUUUUACACAAAAACAUGGCCGCCAGAGGGCGUGGUCACUUUUCCCUAUAUGUAUAUAGUGGAAACUUUUAAAAUCUUCUUGUUUGAAAUUGAAAGCCCGAUUUUAAAAUUAUUUUACACAAAUGGUUCUUGUGUGACCCUCUACCAAGAUUGUUCAAAUUACUCGGAUUUGUCAAAAAACAUGGCUGCCAGGGGGCAUGGUCACUUUUCUUCUCUGAAUCAAUAAUAGCUAGAGCCUUGAUAUUUGGCGUGUGAUAUCAGAUUUGUAAUGUCUACCAUAAUUGUUCAAAUUAUUGCCCUAGGUUCAGAAGUGUGUGUGACAUGUGUAUAAUAUAGGCUAAUAUAGAAGAAACCUAACUCUGUACUUCUACAAACACACUUGAAGCCUUGUACACAGGUGAGUGCUUUAGGGUCAGUGACCCUCUUGUAUCAAGUCUGUUCAAAUUGAUCUUGUUUGUCAAAUACAUGUACAUUGCUAAUUGAGAGCAUAGUCACAUUUUCAUAUGUACAUAAUACACAUGUAUAUUUUCGAUAUCUUAUUAGAAAAUACUUGUCUAGUUUAAAAAAUAUUUUCACAGAUAUUUUUUUUCAGGGACGCACUAACAAAAUUGUUCAAGCAAGUUGUGAAACUCAGGUGAGCGACAUUUAGGGCAAUCAUGACUAUCUUGUUUCAUGGUAGACUACAGUACUAUACUUGUAUGUAGAAAUAUGUUGAUUUCGCAAAAAGAUCUGGCCACAAGUUUGUAGACCAGUCUCAAAAUGCUUCACUUUCAUUGGUUGAAUUCAGGAUUGUGCCUAGAAACAGCCAGUCAGAUGUUAGAGUUUUGAGACUGGUGUUUUAUUAUCUGUAUCACUAACAACUGAAGUAAGUCAUUUAUCAACCAUCUCUGAAGUGCCUAUUGUUUUGUGCAAUAUUUUACUUUAAACACCAAUACCAUAGACUGCAGUUGUUGUUUCAAAAUAAAGAUUUUUAGAUCUAA